GGGGGGCUCGGCGCGGUGGGUGCGGGAGAGCGGAGGGCGGUGGCGGCUGCGGCGGCCAUGGACGGGCGGCCCGGGGCGAGGUCGACGCCGGAGCUGCGCCGGGAGCGCUCCCGGGACGCCGCUCGGUGCCGCCGGAGCCGCGAGACGGAGGUGUUCUACCAACUGGCGCACGCGCUGCCCUUCGCCCGCACCGUCAGCGCCCACCUGGACAAGGCCUCCAUCAUGCGCCUCACCAUCAGCUACCUGCGCGUCCACCGCCUGCUCGCCCACGGUGACCACCGGCGCCCCCGGGGCCUCCCGCGACCCAGGGGACCUCCCGGAACCACCAGGAACCCAGGGGACCUCCUGGAACCCAUGGGACCUCCUGGAACCACCAGGAACCCAUGGGAGCUCCUGGAACCCAUGGGAGCUCCUGGAACCCAUGAGACCCCCCCCGAUUUGUCCCCCUGUGCCCCCCAAGGGACGGCGCGGCGGCGGGGGGAGCGCUCGGGGCGCAGCUUCGCCCUCCGCAUGAAGAGCACUCUGAGCGGGAGGGGACGGUGCCUCAACCUCAAGGCGGCCUCGUGGAAGGUGCUGCACUGCGUGGGGCGUAUGCGUUCGUACGCGGGGCCCGGGGGGGGGGGGACCCCCCCACUGCGCUGCCUCGUCCUCAUCUGCGAAGCCAUCGCCCACCCGGCGGCUCUGGAGCACCCGCUGGGCUCCGGCACCGUCCUGACCCGCCACGCCAUGGACAUGCGCUUCACCUACUGCGACGAGAGGAUUGGGGAGGUUUUGGGGUACGCCCCCGAGGAGCUGCUCGGCUGCUCCCUCUAUGAGUACGUCCACGCGCUCGACUCCGACACCCUCAGCAGGAGCAUCCACACGCUGCUGAGCAAGGGACAGGCGGUGACAAACCAGUACCGGUUCCUGGCAAAGCGCGGCGGCUUUUUGUGGGCGCAGACCCAGGCGACCGUGAUCGCCAACAGCCGAAGCGCCCAACCCGAGGGCAUCGUCUGCCUCACCUGCGUCCUCAG